AUGGAGUCAACAACUUUGUCAGAAGAGAUGACCAAUCAAGAUUCCUCUACCUUAACAAAGAACAGUACGACUAGCAAAACUAUUCUUGACGUCAACGAGCCGAAUUGCUCCCCUGGAAAACCUCCUGAUGCUCUGCCAGACACUGUAAAAUCGAUGUCUUUGGAUCAGAUAGAUGUUGAAACUCAAGAAUGCCGUACUUCAGCCGCGACUAAUACAACCUGCAAAGCCACCUCCAAUAAGGAUAACAUGAACGAUUCAACUGGUGAACCUCCUCGAGCUCUACAAGAUAUAACUGAAUCGAAUCCUUUGAACGAAACAAAGAUCACAAACGAGGCCAAAUCUGAGUCACCCACUCCCAAUGCAACUAGAGAGCCUGUGCUUGAUCGUGUCAAUCUCAACAACUUCGCCAUAGAAAACUCUAAAGCUCCUAAUUGUACGAUUGAGUCAACUUCCUCAAGAAUCACAAAUCAUACAAAUUCUACAUCAGCAAUCACCAACAGUACUGGCGAAGAGCAUCCAUCGUUCAUAUUGCCCCACCUUGCAUUACAACUCAACAAAGCGCAGGAACACCUAUCUAAUUCAAACUCUUCCGAUCUUGGAAUUCAAGACUUCAAUCAUGAUUCCCAGCCAGAGUUGCCUGCUCAGACUCAAGACAUCAAUAUACGCGCAGCCACUUCCAAAGAUAGCAAUCAACCUGAUGAAGAUAAUCAAACUAGUCAACAAAUGUUUCUACCAGCUCUUGAAUCCUCCUCAAAUAACGAAUUGGUAUCUCCUACCUCCGCUUCAACAGAUUCUCUAUCCUUUUUGAGUGCGAUGAUAUCCCUAUCUCAAGCUCUCACAAGUAAUCAGCCUAAUUCAGCUUCCAUGAUUAUUGAAGAAGCGGAUGUCUUAGAGAUGGAACAUUCAAAAUAUUUAAAAGACUCGACUGUCCAGCUUCAGCAGAAGAGAGGCCUUUCCCCAACGGCGUCUAGCGAUUUGAGCAAUACCCGAAGAAAAAUAGAAAGCUCUGCCACUUCUUCAACUGAUAAACCAGAAGACAAUGUUCCACUUCUAAAUUCUCAUAAGAGACACCUGUCUCCUGUACUCUCUACUACUACGAGGAUGGUUCAAUCUCGUCUACAAACUCCUGAUACUGAGAUUACCACGGACAAAAAGCCCUUGUGGACAUCGACUACAAUACCUGUUUAUUCUGAACUCAUUGCAGCUCUUGAAAAAGCGAAGAGGUCAGAUUGUUUAACAACACCAAUGAUAGAGGAACUUGAGAGAUUGAAUUCUCGAUGUAAAAAGACAGGGAAUGCCAUAAUAAAGAAGGGACCUUUACCCGUUGAAGAGAGCGCUAUUGUUGUACUGGAUGACAAUGACGAGGAUUUACAAGCCAAAUACGGCUUUUCAUUCGAGCUCUCCGAUUCUGAUACAAUGGAGUUUUGUGCCAAAACCCAUCAAAAUCCCGACUUGACACCUAGCAAAAGCCAAAACUUGAUCUCUCCCGAAAAAAGCAAAACACUGCCCACCAAUGAACGAGACAAUCAGCAGCAGAACAAUAAUGCAAGCUAUUCUCAUAUGGACGCACUUACAGGCAAAAGAGAGGAUAGCAACAUGGAGAGAGUCCUCGAAUCCACUCCAAAAUCGCCCAACCGAAUUUAUGUUCCUGAAGAAAUUGAAACUUUUGGUCAAUAUCCUGAUUCUCGCGAUGAAGGGGUCAACUUGAUUCCUCCCAACGUACAAUCUAGGCAGUCUGAGACCUCAUCCAACAAAUCAAAGUCGGCAACUGUUGUCAGCCAAUCCACUCAAUCUGAAAAAGACACCACAGAUCCCGAUUCCACUCUGACUUCCAUCCAAUCAACCGAAUCUGAAUGUGUAAUGAACCAAUUUGAUUCACUUCUGACCGCAAAUCAAAACACCGAUGUUGAAAAGCAAACAGAAAACUCAGCUUCGGUUCCUGUUGUCAAUCGAUCGCCCAACUCCUCAACAGUAAAGGAAGUUCCACAUUCAACCCCCGAUGUAGUUCAAUCAGCCGAGUCUGAAAUGGAAACUGAUAAAUCCCAUUUGGCUCCUAUUGUACAUCAAUCUUCUGAGCCCAAAGCGGUUGACCAAUCCAAGCAUAGUGGCGAAAUAAAUAAUCUGAAGGAAGGUAACAUCAAUUCCAGGACUCUGAGGACCAGGAAACAAACACUUACAGCGGUUGUGAUUCCCAAAUACACCAAUAGUAGUAAAGAAUUGAAGUCUUCAACACUCAAGAAAGAGAAAGAAGUGGCAGUCUUCAACUUCAAGUUUUUCAUAGGUUCGGAUGAGAUCGAGAAGCAGCUUAUUGAACUCUUGGUGCCGUACAAUGGAAAAAAAAAAACCAGUAAGGGUGCAAAGCUUGUUGCAUGGGAAGCUUUGACUUCUUUACUAGAACGAAGACGGGUGGGGGAACCAUUGGAUCAGGAAUUCUUAGAUUCCAUUGAUAAUGGUACAGACAGUGUGGUGAUCAGGACCGAGUUUAAUGCUCAGACCUGGUUUGAAGCCAUACAACAUGCGAUGCCUAAUCUUUUCAAUUCUCACUCGGGCGAGCCUUCUUACUCAGUUGGGCUUUUCAACACUACCCAAUUGAAGAAGGAAUCAUUCUCGGACAAAGUUCCUGAGUGUGUACCACCCCUUUGGCAUCACACUUACCGAUCAAUUCGAAUGUCUAUUCGACCAUCACCAACAAAAGUUACUGGCUUCCUCAAGAUAUUAUUAGAUUCUGUUAUUCUUACCGGGAAAACUUUCUUCAAAGAACCUCCUCCGUCAGAAACAGAAAAGGCCAAGACGGGAAUCGAAGCAGUUUGCCAGGCUAUCACGUGGCUCAAUUCACAGAAGUCUACAAAAGCAACUAAUUCAAAGACUGUGCGGCUUCUUGAUACAAACAACCUCGAACCUCUGGUUGACAUCGGACUCAUACAACAAUGGCGGGAUCUGUUCAUCAAGGUGCUGUAUGCAUAUGUGGUUCAAUACUUAGAAGCCAAGUAUAUAUUGAAUGAAGAUGCACGACCUGAAGACAAAGAAAUUGCACUCAGCUUCAAAAAAGAAUGGAAAGGGGAUUCUGUCAAGGCUCCGACCCUUGGAUAUCUCGUGAUGUUUGCUUGUUGUGGGAUUCGUGGUUUGAUUUGCUGCUCAGGUGAUAUAAACAUUGCGCCGGCUGGUCAAAUGCUCAGCUUUACAGUUCUUUCAGAGUGGCUUUGCAAGCAAAAACCGGAUUUCGAAGUGAAAGAGCCUGUCUUCAAACGUAGCAAUCAAAUGCUGAUGCGGCUGAUGGAUGGUCUCUUUGAUGAUGCAGGCCACUUUAUAAGACCUGAAAUUACUUGGUACGAGGUUUCCAAGAACCUUUGUUUUGACUAUCUCUCACACUGGUUCCUUGAGGCUGGAGAUCUAUCAAAAGGCAAAAGCCUGGUUUUUCCAAAAUCAAGUGUAUUUUCUGGGAAGGAUCGAACCAUAACCUUUCCACGAUAA